AGGGGGCGGGGGGCGCCGUCGCCCGCGCUCCCCGGCGGGGGCGGCGCUCGCUGCUGCGCCAGCCCUGCUGCUCGGCUGCAAGCGGGCGGCCGGCCGGGCGGGCAGUCACGGCGGACACGCAGCCGGCGGGGGCGGGGAGCGUGCCCCCAGCGGCCGGCAUGAACCCCGGGCAGCCCCUGCUGCCCGCGGUGGGGUCGAGGGAGCCGCAGGGCGAGUAGCGCUGCUGCGGCCGGUCCAGCCACCUCCGGGUUCAUGAGCUACCGCCAGCUGCCGCCGCCAGCCGAGACUGCUGCCUCCGUCGCCGGGCCCAGCUCCCCCAGCCUUGCUGCCGCUUCCGCCGCCGCUACUCUGCCGCCCUGCCGUAGGACGGUCCCGCGCUCUCCGCUCUGAAAAGAAUGGCCGUGACUCUAGAGCAGGCCCGGCGGGUGGGCUAUACCUGUUUGAAAGCACUCCUCAGGUUCGCUUUUAUGGUCGCCAAUAACCUGGUUGCUAUUCCGUCCUACGUCUUGUAUUUAAUUAUGCUGCAGCCUCUACGAGUGUUGGAUAGUAAAAGCUUCUGGUAUAUCGAAGGAGUAUUAUUUAAGUGGCUAUUAGCUAUGGUGUCUUCCUGGGGCUGGUGGGCAGGAUAUACAGUAGUGGAAUGGGGUGAUGAUGUUAAAGCAGUAUCAGAAGAUGAAGCCAUGGUGCUGGUGAACCAUCAAGCAACAGGCGAUGUCUGCACUCUGAUGAUGUGCCUCCAAGACAAAGGCACGGUUGUCCGUCAGAUGAUGUGGCUGAUGGAUCACAUUUUUAAGUACACAAACUUCGGCAUCGUGUCUCUAAUCCAUGGAGACUUCUUCAUAAGGCAGGGAAAAGCACACCGUGAGCAGCAGCUCGUCUUGCUGAAGGAGCAUCUAGAGAAAUACUACCGGAGCCGUGACCGGAAAUGGAUUGUGCUGUUUCCAGAGGGAGGCUUUCUGAGGAAAAGGAGAGAAACAAGCCAGGAAUUUGCCAAGAAAAACAACUUGCCAUUUCUUCAGCACGUCACCCUGCCGAGAACCGGGGCGACACAAGUGAUCAUGAGGACGCUUGUAGCGCCUCAGGAGAAUGGGACGCCGGCAGGGAGAGACACUGUGAUGCAAGAGAAUAAAUCAAAAGGCCUCCAGUGGGUGAUAGACACCACCAUUGCAUAUCCCAAAGGUGAACCCAUAGACAUCCAAACUUGGAUCCUCGGCUACCGACCGCCAACAGUUACUCACGUUCACUACAGGAUUUUUCCUGUUAAAGAUGUACCUGCAGAGCCUGAAGCUCUUACACACUGGCUGUACCAACGAUUCAUUGAAAAGGAGGAUCUCUUGACACACUUCUAUGAAACAGGGGCUUUUCCCCCACUGCAGGGUCAAGCAAAAGCCAUUUCUCGGGAGAUGACCCUCAGCAACCUGUGGCUGGUUGCCAUCCAGUCCCUGGCCUUCCUCUCGGGCGGUAUGUGGUACUGCAUCCUGCGCUAUUUUUACCAUUGCCUGUUUUAAAAGCGGACUGGGACCUGAGGACAGAGUGGGAGUCCAGGCUCUGGCAGA